AUGAAGCAAGAGCUUGUUCAGCCACAUGCAUAUGUUGCGCUACGCUUGCCUUCAGAUUCGACCAUAGUUGUCCAGGUCCUGCCAAAUACUACAAUCUCCAUUGGCAAAUAUGGGGCCUUCCAAGCAAACAAUAUCCUGGGUCGGCCCUACCACCUUACCUUCGAGAUUCGAGAUACCGUCACCAGCGAUGGUAAAGCACAGUCAGGGCUUCGGAUAGUGCCAGCCGCCGAGCUCUACGCAGACAUCAAGGACGAGGCUCCUGAAACUCCUACUGAAGCAGAAGCAGGAAAUCUUGGCGCGAGUGGAGAUGGUGUGGAAUACGAGAUAGUGGGCCAGAAUGGAGAAGUCGUCAUGCGAACCAACCGUCGGAUCACCGACGACCCCAGCAGCCAGAUCAUGACAAUGGAUGAGAUUGAAGCCUUAAAGGCGCAAAGUACAGGAUCGGGGAAAGAGUUGAUUGCGAAGAUCCUCGAGUCACACUCAGCUCUGGACCAGAAGACGGCGUUUGCCCUUGCCAAGUACACGUUGCGAAAGACAAAGAAGUACCUGAGGAGGUUUACAGUACUACCCUUGGAUGUCCCGACAUUGGUGCGGUGGAUCCUGACCGAUAAGGAACCCAUGAAGAUCAUGGAAUUAAGAGAAGAAAUACUAUCUAUGAUUGGUAGCUGGUCAAACGUGCACUGUACACCCUCGGUUUCAACACCGUCGCUCGACGGGGAAGGUAUGCAGACCAAAGGAGGGAGGUGGCUUGUAGUCGAUGAGACAGCAGGGCUGCUGGUGGCUUACAUGGCGGAGAAGAUGGCAAUCCUACAUCCUCCCGACCACAACGGAGAAGAAGCGGAGGGCAAAGUAUUGUCGAAGCGAGAAACCGAUGCCGUCAACGGAGACGAUUCAAUUGGAGAUCCCGCGACUAAACAUGUAGUUGCACCACCUCCGCACCACCUUCGCCCUCGCAAGACAUCUGGCCCAGGCACCACAAAUACGAUCACUCUUAUCCACGCCAACGCUCAACCAAACCUGUCCCUGCUCAAAUACUUCCACUUCGACGCAUUCAAUCCAUCCAUAUCCCACCCGCUCGAGAGCCACCUCAAGACCCUCUCCUGGCUUCAGCUUCUUUCGCCAGAAGACGACAUGGGCUGUGCCGAGCCCGAGAUCGUCUCAGAAGAGACCAUCCAAAGCUGGAGGAGUGGGAAGAGAAGCAAUCACUUCCGAAAACGUCGGCGAUGGGAACGUAUAAAUUUUGUUGUGGAUGAAACACGCGCUGGCGAAUUCGAUGGCUUGAUUGUCGCCUCAACCAUGAACCCUGUCUCAAUAUUGCGGCAUACAGUUCCACUUCUACGCGGUGCGGCUCAAGUAGUCGUUUACUCGCCUACCAUCGAGCCACUGGUCGAGUUGUCAGAUUAUUACUCAACAGGUCGACGGACGGCAUUUGUGACGAACCCACCGGAUUUCGAUUCGAUGCCUACGGAAGACUUUCCUCUCAACCCAACACUCCUGCUUGCACCUACAAUACAGACAGCACGCAGUAGAAGUUGGCAAGUACUACCUGGGCGAACACAUCCUCUCAUGACAGGGCGUGGUGGCUCAGAAGGCUAUGUCUUCACUGCUACUAGGGUACUGCCAGCAGAAGGAAAAAUUGAGGCAAGAGGAACAUUCAAGCGGCGGAAGGUUGAUGAUGGCGUGACACGGAGUUCGUCACGGCAAGAGAAUGCUGCAUCUGGAGAGAGUGGCUCAAUGGAGAUUGAUGCAUCAUAG